GGUGACACCAAACAGUUUUACCGAUCAUUUUUGUUUCUCAUUUUAGGUAGAGGAUUUACUUGAGAGAAAAAAGGACAAGAGAUCUGAUCUGAAUCACCGCAAGCAAUGCCAUGCCCGUCAUGGGAACGAGCAACUCAAUGGUUGCUCACGUCGCGGGGAGUCUUCAAGGAGAAAUUCCAGGACGAUGGCUACAGGGCCCAGCUGAGGGAGCUCCUGCGACUCUCCUGGCCAAUGGUGUUGACCUACCUAUCCAUGUACUCCAUGUCCUGUGUCAGCAUUGCAUUCUGUGGACAGUUCAGCAAGGAGGCUCUGGAUGGGGCAUCCCUCUCAACCACGAUCACCAAUGUCUUGGGGACAUCUGUUAUGGUCGGGCUGUCCUCUGCAUUCGACACACUGUUUCCCCAGACAUACGGCAGCGGUAACCAGUUCGGCGUUGGAAUCAUCUUACAAAGAGGGUUGAUCAUCCUGUUCCUCGCAUGCUUUCCCUGCAUAGCGAUUUUCAUCAACACGGAACAUUUGCUUCUUUUGCUUGGACAGGAGGCAGAGGUGUCCAGGUUGGCAGGCCUUCAUGCCACAGCUUAUUCGUUUGGACUACCGGGUCAUGCCCUCACGUGCAUACUGUUACGGUAUUUACAAUGUCAGGGGAUCGUGAUACCGAACGUAUUCAUGGGGCUGGGCUCGGCACUGGCUAAUGUCGGGAUCCACUGGUUGUUCGUCUUCUACCUGGACAUGGGCACAUUUGGUGCUGGUCUAGCAUUAGGCAUUUCACGGUGGCUAUUUGCUAUCGUGCAAGUCAUUUACGUAUUGGCUGCUGGGGUCUACAAAGACACGUGGUCAGGAUGGAGUAGGGAGUGUCUGUUUGAGUGGGGAACUUACUUGACUCUUGCCAUUGCUGGGAUGCUGAUGUUGUGUUUGGAGUGGUGGUGCUAUGAAAUCCUGGUAUUUCUAUCUGGCUUGCUAGGUGCCACCCAACUUGCGGCUUUUACCAUUGUAUACAACGUGGCUACAUUGACUUUGAUGAUCCCUUAUGCAAUUGGAACUUCCGCCUCUGUAAUUGUUGGUAGUCAUCUCGGGGCCGGUGAUGCUGAGAAAGCCAAGGUCACAUACCGGGUGGUUUUAUUUGUUGGCGUCGUAGAAGCAACAAUCGUAGCCCUGGCAACGUUUAUCUUUAAGGAUGCCAUUCCUGUUCUCUUUAGUCCUGAUCUAGAGGUUCAAAUUCUAACUUCAACAUUGCUCAUUAUUGCAGCAAUAUAUGAAAUAUUUCAACAUACAAAAGAAAUCUUGUGUGGCGUACUGAGGGGAGCCGGACAUCAGAUUUACGGCGCUCUCUCAAGCUUUUUCUCCUUCUAUCUAGUGGCUUUAUCAAUAUCAAUUCCACUGCUUCUUCUCACAGAGCUGGAGGACGAAGGAGCUUGGUGGGGAGCCUGUGUCGGGGUCUUUGUGCAUUCCGUCCUGCUGCUCAUCAAAGCUCAGAGUCUAGAUUGGCAAGAGGAGGUUAACAAGGCACAGGGACGAGCAGGACUAGUAAAAGACGUCAUUCUGUAUAGUGAGAUAAAAGGUGGGAACGUUCCAACAAGAAGCAACCUGCCAGACGAUCAAAAGAUCAUCGCCAAUGGCUAUAAACUUCGGGAGUUGAAUGGGUCGGUACCUCCAGGAGCGAUGAACGGGUCAGUAUCUACUGGAAAAGAAAAUGGAAUACAUACAUAUGAACUGGUCGAUAUGAACGAGAUUAAUGAAAUGCAUGGUGAUAACAUACAUUUGACGAGCACAGACUUCAACAGCAUUAGCGCCACCACCGACAAGGAUGAGAUCAGUAUUGACACGAAGAUGUUGAUUUUGUCUCGCAUAGCGACGGUCUUCUUACUUGUUGUGGUGUUAAUUGGAAGUGUGUUCCUGAAGCUCCUUCUGGAUCAGCGUGUGGACGAUACCUUCAAGUACAACUUCGAUGUUGCUGCGGCACUGAAUGAGUCGGGAAUACUAGACUUGGCUCAAAAUAAUUCUGCGAAAUUUAUAACCAGCUUGGAAAAAAAUAUUGGCGUCACCAACAUAACAUUUUAAUGAAGGAUGUGUUUUUGUUUAUACUGUUCUGUCGUAAUAGUAAAACUCAUUGAAUGAAAAUAUUUUGUCGGAAACUUAGAGAGCCUGUUGAUAGAAUCUGGCAAUGCAUGACGCGACACUCAAUGAAUUGUUGUUUUCGGAAAGCACAUAAAACACAAAAUGUCCAAAUGCUUUUUCGAUAUUCAUUUUUU